AUGGAGCACUGUUGGUGUCUCAGAAGAUACCAACAGAAAUGGCAACAACAUAUCUCCACCCUUGGGACGAGGAGAAGGCCACAAGGUGAAGUUGCUCUUGACACGGUGGAGGAGAACAUAGAGGUCUUUGCUGAGAGACCUCUAGGCAAAAAAAUUGAGAAAGAAAGGGAGAGGAAGCGGAAGUCGAUGGAAGACAAAGAGUCUGAGAUCAGCAUUUCCUUAGCUAAAAUGACCGAGGAUAGAGCCACGACCAUGGAAGAGCAGAGAAAUGCUCAACUCAAGGCAGACCAAAAAAGUGAGAAAAUAUUUGAACUAAAGAAGAAGAAAUUUGAAGGCAAGAUAAUGAUGCUAGAUCUACGUGGCAUGAAUGCCAUGCAACAAGAAUAUUUUCAUAAUAUUCAAGUUGCAAUUUUUGAGCAUUCGAAGUCCCAUUCCGGAGCCUGCUUGAACCACCAGCGUGAGUACCUCUCCGACUCAAAUCCGCGGGACAUCACCAUGAGUACUUCUCCCACUCAUUCCGAGCAACCCUCCCAAAACCCUAACGCCAUGAUCAUUGAAGAAUCGGAAUCAGAUCGUCUAGGCUCUCAUACCCAAUCCCCCAAAACCAUAGCCCUUGUUGAACCACCAGAUCCCCACCUAGAGGAUCCUAUCCCAAAUCAGCCUAACCCAAUCCAAGACGACCCUGAACCAAUCUCAGCUCUAACUCCCCGAAUCUCCGACCCUCCCACCUCUCGCCGAGCACCUAAGCGCAAGAAGAAUGCCAAUAAGCGCCGUCUCGCCCGGCAGAAGUCCCAGAAGAAGUUCCGAACCCUCGUAGAAACCCUCAAGCCCAUCCCUUUUGUCCCUUCCAAAACCCUAGACUUCCAAAGCCACGAGGAACUUCUGAAGCGGCUCGGGCUAUGGGAGUUUGUCCACAUCGAGUUCGACAAGACCCUCCGAGCCGAUCUCCUCGCCGAGCUGGUCGCCAGUUACAACUCGCAGAAUCGGUGUAGCUAUGUGAAUUCCGCUCGAAUCAAUGUCAACCGAGCUGAUUUGGCUCGCGCAUUGAAGUUGCCGUUGCCCGUGAAGAAAAGUUCACCGCUGCUGGAAACUGCCGUGGAAUCACCGGAUUCGAUCGCGUUUAUCGAGGAUUUCGUGUCGAAUUGGAUGCUUUUGCACGAGGAUACGUGGAUGAUGCCGAAAGAGGUGUUGAAUUGGACCAAGAUGAUCAAGGAAGGACAUUUUGAGAAGGUAGAAUGGGCUGGUUUAAUAUGGUUCAUGGUUGAGAAGGAGCUACUGCAAGCCCCGAGGCUGGCCAAUUGUUACUACGCCUCUCAUUUACAGUAUCUAAUAAGAUCACAGAAAGAUGAUUUGCUGAAGGAAGAGCCUAAAUUGGACCAGGUUGAUGUGGAGGUGGAGGAGGAGGAAGACGAGGAGGAUAUGGAUGUUAGUGGGGACGUGAAGUUGGCUACGGUUGAAGAUUAUCUUGGGCACGAAUCGGGGGAUGUGAAGAUUGAUGCAAGUGAAGAUUCUCGGGGGCACGAAUUGGGGGAUGUGAAGAUGGAUGCAGUUGAAGAUUCUCGGGGAAACGAACUGGGGGAUAUGAAGACAGGCGCGGUUGAAGAUUCUUGGGAGCACGAAUGUGGCAAUGUGAAGAUGGCUGCGGGCGAGGAUUCUGGAGGGCAUGCAUUUAGGGAUGUGGACCUAGGUGUGGGUGAGGAUUCUCAGGGGCACGAAUUGCGAGAUGUGAAGAUGGAUGCUGUUGAGGAAUCUCGAGGGCACGAGCUGGGGGAUGUGAAGAUGGCUGUGGUUGAAGACUCUCGGGUGCACGAAUUGGAGGAGCAUAGUAUUGAAUUGAGUCUCGGGCAAGACAAUGUGGAGAGAGUUGAAGAGAAGGUGGAGAGUGUUGAGAUUGACAAGGAGCGUGUCGGGGAUGAGGAUGUUAUGGAUUUUGAUGGAUGUAGGGAGGAGUAUAAGGAUGAGGAAGAAGGUGGGGCAUGGCUUUUGGAUAGGAAGAGCAAUAUGGGCGUAGGCGAGCCAUUUUUCAGGCGGUGUAGUGUUGGUGAAAUUAAGGGCUUGGGUUCUGACGAGGAAAAGAGAGAAGAAGCGGGAGAAGAAGCGGAAGAAGGAGAGGAUGAAGGACAUGAGGAAGAAGAAGAAGGGGAACAGGAGGUUGGUGGGUUUCAUCUUUCGCCGAAGUGCAGCCCGCUUGAUGGGUUGGCUUCACGGAGUCUGAUUCAGGCAAUGGAAGCGGCCCAAAUGCCUUUUAGCACAGGAUUGGAACUCCGUGAUCACUCAGCAGGGGAUUUUUUGUCAUCUAGGGUGGAUAAUGGGAUGAUUGCUGGUAGUUCAUCGCUUUUUGGUAAUGCUAACAAGAAAGGGCUUGAUCAUGAGAACGAUGGCAUUCAUCACUCUCUUAAUGGUGGUCAUAAGAGGUUGAGGAGUGAUGGGCCAUGGGAUGGAAAAGAGGCUGACUUUGAUAUGUGUAUGGAGCAAGUACAGCAUUGGGUUGGUAAAGCUAGAAUGAUGUAUGCUGCCAAAGAACAGGCUUGUGAGGAAGCUACCGUGAAUCAGCAGAUCUUACUGAAUGAGUUGGAGCAGCGGGAUCGUAUAAUUGAACACAUUCGAACGGCUAAGUAUGAAGAGCAACAGAAGAAACAGGUGGAGGUGUAUCGACUCGACCGCGAACUCUGUAUGAUGGCAAAUCUGUUGGAGGGAUAUAGGAAGGCGCUGAAGGAAUCUGAUAGGGCAUUUGCUGAAUACAGAUCACGCUUUCCACAGCCUGAAGAGCCACUUUACAAGGAUGUUCCUGGCUCUGGAGGUCUUGUACUGAGCACCUUUGAACUGGAAAAGCAACGGUUGAAACAAGCAGAAGAAGACAGGAUAACCCGUUUGGUGAUUGAGAAGAAGUUUAAAGACGUUGAAGCAGAAGUGAAUAGUAAAUUUGAAGCACAUUUUCAAGGGGUUGAUUUGCUUGGGAAUAGGUUGCUGGACGUUGAGAAUGGAGUAAAAGUACUCAAGGAAUCCAUUGCAAAACGUAAGGUUUCGGAAACAUCAGAAGGGACUCCCGAUGAAUGAUAAACUGGUUGGUGCCAAGUAUUCUGCCAUAUUUUGCUGCAAGCGUAUUCUACCCAGAUGUAUAAAGUAGGAUAGGUACUGAAGAAAGAUUAUGAGAAAGAGAUAUUCUGUACGGAAUUGGAUUGGCAAUUAACCCUCUAUUUGAUUCUGGGUGUGCCAUGCUUUAGAGGUUGUAUUGUAGCUUAACAAGCAUGAGGAGGACUGGUGCAAAAAUGGUCUCUUAAUAUUUUAGUUUAUUAUA